AUGGCUGGCCUCCAAUUGUUUCCCGUCCUCGCCCAUGCCAUCGAUGCAUCGAUGUCGAGAGCGCUCUUUGCGCGCCCCGGGGAUCCAGGCCGGGGUCUCGCGUUCCUGGCCACCGCGGCCGUCCAGAAGGACAUCAUCUGGUGGGUGCGACACCACUGCGCCCACCACCGCUAUCUCGACACCCCGCAAGAUCCCUACGACGCAUCCAAGGGAUUCCUCUGGUCCCACAUCGGCGGGGUCUACCGCCACUUCUCCCACGCUCACCAUCUGCUACAGAGGAUGUCGGUAGCCGUGCUCUUUGGGGACGGUCAAGGGGAAAAGACGGCGUGA